UGUCAUGGCGGCCCCCGUGGCGCUCAUCCAAGGGGCCAGCAGAGGACUGGGCCUCCAGUUCUGUCGGCACAUCUUGAAGAACAGCCCCGCCGCCUUCCUCGUAGCGACGUGCCGGAGCCCGGAGGACGCGGCCGAGCUGCGGGGCCUCGCGGGGGGCCAGCGGCCGGGCAGGGUGACGGUCCUCCGGCUGGACGUGAGCCGGGAGGAGGACGUCCGCGCAGCCGCAGACCGGGUGAGGGAGAGCUUCGGGCGGCUGGACCUGCUCGUGAACUCCUCGGCCAUGCUGCACCCCUCCGGCCGAGGGGAGACCAGCCUGAGGGACGUGUCCGCGCAGGGCGUCAUGUCCACCUUGAUGACCAACGCGGUGGGCCCCCUGAUCGUGGCCAAGUAUUUCGCCCCCCUCCUCCAGAAGGGGGGCGGUGGCUUUGGUUGUCAGCCCCCCGAGGAAGAGAAGCGGCACAGCGGCAUCAUCGUCAACAUCACCGCCAAAGUGGGAUCCAUUGGCGACAACGCUCUGGGGGGCUGGUACAGCUACAGGAUGUCUAAGGCAGCCCUCAACAUGGCCACCAGGAAUCUGUCCAUAGAGCUGAGUCGCAGCCGACCCAAGGUUCUGUGUGUGUCUCUACAUCCGGGGACCGUGGACACGGACCUCUCCAGGCCGUACCACAGGAACGUCCCGAGGGCCCGGCUGUUCGGGGCCGAGCUCUCCGUGCAGCACCUCAUGAGCAUCGUGGACUCUCUGGACGGGGAGCAGACCGGCAAGGCCUUCAGCUGGGACGGGACGGAACUGCCCUGGUAAACAAACAAACAAACAAACAAACAAACAGACGGACACCUCCUUCCCACGGAGGAGGAGGUGGAGCAGCCUCACGUGGACCUCGUGAUGCUCGUUGUUGUUGACCAGUGUGUUUUCUCUUCAUCGGUACACAACAACACAUUAAUACAAACUUAUAGAUCCUAACGAUGAAGGAUUUAAGCAGAUCGAUAAGAUUGGAGGCAGAAAACCCGCUGGACUUAUUUAAAGCCUCAACCGUUAUAAUAUUAAUAAUUCACAAUAUUAUAGACUAAAUUAAUAAGACAAUGUCAUGUAAUGCAGAGAAGAAUUUCACUUUGGGAUCAAUAAAAGUGUACAUUUUUAUUAAAGUAUGACAUAAUAA